UCUGAUUUAUACAUAUCCAUAUAUAUACCCAAUGUUGUUGUUUUUUGCUGGGGAAACAUGCUCUUGUUAGAUGGCUUUCUACGACAACUGGCCAGAGUGGGACUCCAAGGUGGUGCUCGCUUUGCUAAUGAUCAUUGUGGUAGUCGGAAAUGUGUGGGAGCUGAUGCUGACCAAGAGACAGCAAUUGGUGUGCCUGAAUUCCGUCAUCGUUCCCGAUGAGCUUCGCGGGAUCAUUCCACCGGAUAUAUUCCAUAGAGCCCGCAUCUACGAACUGCACAAGAUGGAGCUCAUGAGCUGGAAGAUUUUGGUAGACAUGUUUCUAAGCCUGGUCGAGCUCUUCUUUGGAUUCUAUCCGUUCCUCUGGGGUCUAGCUGCAACUACGCUGGCAAAAGCCACCCAUAAGGAGAUCUGGAUAAGCCCGGUAUUCGUAUUCUAUAUGACAAUCUACAGCUGUGUGCGAUACCUGCCCGUGCUGGCCUACGACAAGUGCAUCCUGCAGCUGCGCUACGGGGUCCAGGGGCAGUUCUCCUGGUGCCUCUACUGCUGCGUUGCCAUUCCAGCCAUCCUUCUGACGCAGAUUUUACUGGCCCCCGUUGCGCUGCUCAUUGUGUUUACCGUGCAGACGGCCGGCUACUGGUUCUUCCUCUACUUCUGGGGCGCCUGGGCAAUAUUCACGAUUUUGCUGGUCUUCUUGUUCCCCUACUGCUGCAUCCCCUGCAUUGGGAGGCAACGGAGGCUGUCCGAGGGCACGCAGCUGUAUACCGAUGUGAAGCGCGUCUGCGACGUGGCGGGAUUCCCCGUGAAGCGCGUCUUCAUCAUCCGCACCAAGAGCAUGCAGUACAGCAAUGCCUACUUCUACGGCAGCUGCUGCUUGAAGCGGAUCGUCCUCUUCGACACGCUGCUGCUCAACAAAGGCCUUGAUCCCAGUCAGCUGAAGCCCUACGAGGUGGGCAGGGGACUCACAAAUCAGCAGGUGACUGGUGUGGUGUGCCACGAGUUGGGCCACUGGAAGUACGGGCACUUCUGCAAGACCACGCUGAUCAUGAAGCUGCACUUCCUCCUGACCAUGCUGCUCUUCGGCGUGCUCUUCCACUGUCCCCAGCUGUACAAGGGUGUGGGCUUCGCAGCAGGAAUUACUCCCAUCAUCGUCGGCUUCAUCAUCGUCCUGCGCUUCGCUCUGACCCCAUAUUUGACGCUUGCCAACUUCCUGAUGCUGUGGAUGAUGCGGCACAACGAGUUUGCUGCCGAUCGCUAUGCCCAUCGUCUGGGCUAUUCCGCGCAGCUGAGCUCGGCCCUCAUCAAGAUCUACGCCGAUCACAUGACCUUCCCGGUCUUCGAUGAUUGCUAUUCCAGGUGGCAUCACACGCAUCCCACGAUCCUGCAGCGACUGGCCUAUCAGCGUUUCUUGGACUACAAAGCCGCUACCAAGACUGAGGACUCUGUCAAGCCCUUUGCCAAGAUUCGGAAAUCAGACUCAGCGUGAAGUAGUCCCUGAAAUUUGCUUCGCAUUAUCUGUUACACUAUUUUGAGAAUUAACAUAAAAUUGUCCGUACGACACGAACACGAACACGAACACAAAUGGGCAAUGGCUAAAUUUGGACCAAUUACAAAAUUGGCGGUCAACAUCGACAAGGGGGAAACACGCAUCAGUUAUGGAAAUGCCUCUACACGUGUGAUCUAUGCGAAUCCCUCGGGGCUUGCCUUCCCUGGGGGAAUGAUGGAUCCUAGCCUAAUCAGCGAUCCCUAUUUGCAAGACAAUCGAUAUCGCCCGGAGUCCUUCCUACAACGACACUACUCUCUCCUGGCUAAGCGGUUACCCAAUUUAAUGGGUAUUACUGCCUCGGAUUCCAGUGAAGUAGAAGACCCAGUUAACAAGGAUGUCGUCUGGUAUGCCUGGCACUCCGAGGAAGUUGAAAAGGUCGAGCCACAGCGGGUCGAGUUCAUAGAAUGGAAAGCUCCAGAGACAGGUACUGUAAGGAUCUUCAAUCGGUUUUGGCAUUUGCAGAACUGCUUGGCCAAGAAACGUCCCAGCCAUAAAUCGGAGUCGCCCAAGUGCUAUUGUCUGAAAAUAAAGAAGAUCACGGACCACAUUAAAGAUCUCAUUGCCCCGGAACUGCCGGAGUAUCAAUCAGUUGACGACGCAUCGAAGCCUCAUGUUUUUGACACCAAAAUCAAGGAGGUGAACGACUUGCUCAAGCAACUGCAUGAUCUCCUGGAGCUCCAGGAGCAAUGCAAUCGAAACCAGCUACUCCGUACAAGAGGGGACGAAGACACCCAAUAAAAAUAAAUCAUUUCAUUUGGUGUGCUGACCCGAUGAUGUCUGCGUAA